UGGAACCGUGUAUGCAUAACCUCUAAAAGUAAUGUGAUUUUUAUUCAUUUACAUUAAUAAUUAAAAUUGCUUCAAGUGAACAGAGUCAUUAGAACACAGGAUUUUGGAAGAUGGCUUCUACAUCUUUAACAGAACAACUAAGAAAGUUAGCGGCUCCACAGACUUCCAUCUAUAAAGAUGAUAAGAAACGAGCUUCAUUGCUAUUUGAUCCUAAAGAAGCGGCCCUAAAAGACCGUGAUACAUUUUAUGAUAUAGGCCUCAGCGGUCUUAAAGAGCUCAUAGCAUUGUAUGAAGGUUUCAGAGUUUAUGAGGAUUCAUUAUUCAGCAUAUCCUCCAAGGAUUUCGAAAGAGGCGUUCAAUCAAAGGAGGCCAACAAAAAUUUAGAUCAGACAAUAGAAAAAUUUCUUAUGCAGCUAUCACCUUACUUCGUUCUCCAAUCGUCACAUAAAGCAUUAGAGUGGUUGGUGAAUAGAUAUCAUAUCCAUGAGUACAAUCAAGAUGCUAUUAUGGCUCUCAUUCUACCAUAUCAUGAAACUAAAAUUUUUGUCCGAUUUGUGCAGUUGCUGGAAAUAAAAUCUACAGGUGUUAAGUGGAAUUGGCUUGAGCCCAUGCAAAACCAUGGAGUUACUUUGACAAAACAGGGUCUACACAGCCAAUGUAUUUCGAAUACAGCUACACUACAAUUUAUUGCUAAAACAACUAUUAAAUAUGUACAUUUUUAUGGUGAUAGAGCAUCACAACUUAAUACUGUCUUUGCCUUCUUUUGUUCAACAGCAAUUGGCACUAUUAAUUCAUUUAAAGGUGUUUCAGAAGCGAUAUUAAAUGCUUUACUGCCAACAUUGAUUAGUGCAUUGGAAUCAAAUGUGUUAGAUUUCAGGCUCUCUGCAUAUGUGAUAUUUGGUUAUUUAGUGACGAAAGCAGUUCUUAAAAAAAAAACCGUAAAUGAAAUUGUUGAUAAACUAUUUACAUCAGAGUUUGGUCUUACUGAAGAUGCAAUUUUGCUCAUAAAUUUGACAUAUACAAAUCAGAAACACAUGACUAAAAUGUCAGAGUGCAUUGUCAACAAUAUAUCAGUUGACACAAUGCAUACAUUUUGCAGUCAUUUAAAGAAAUUAGUUGAAAAGAAGAUCAAUAUUCAUCAAUUAAUUAUGGCUUUUUUGUCUGGAGUUUUACCCCUUAUACAGGAGGGCACUGAAGAGUUCAUGAGGUAUUCUAAGCUUCCAGAAAUACUCGUAGAUGAUGUGGAUCUUAAAAACCAACAACCAGAGAAGAUAAUUUCCUGUGUGCUCAAUGCAUGUGUUGCUGGAAAAAAUGAUAUUCCUGAUGAAGAUGGCAGUGAUAUUGAAAUAGUUGAUGAAAAUGAUAAUUUGCAAAGAAACAUCUUACAUUGGUUUUCAAUGUUUUUAAAGAAAAUUGAAAGCAAUUACCCAAAUGCUUUUGACAAAAUUAUUAAAUCAGAAAUGAGUUCCAAGAGUGAGAAUACAUCGAAAAGACGGGCUCAUCUCUCAAAAGUAUUAGGUUUCAAUCCGGCCAUAGCACACAAAAUGGGGGGUUCUUAUCUUUUCGAAAAUUUGAAUAACAUAAACCCUGAUGUUCGUGUAGAAGCUGUAAAUUAUAUUGCUAAAAAGUUCAAUUCUCUUAAUCUUAAGAGCACAUCAUUUGUUAAAGAAUCAGUCAUUAAUAGACUUCAUGAUGAUGAACCUAAUGUGGUAAUGGCUACAUUAUCUAUUUCUAACGAGAAUUUAAAUGAAUUGCUCAAUGAAACUGAACUAUCAGAUGUUUUCACUUACAUCAUUUCCAAGAAGUCUAAAGAUUGGUAUCCAGUUAUUAAAAAAGCAAUAAUGAAACUUUGUUCUUUGGAAGGUCUACCAGUAAACCAUAAGACUGUAUUGACCUUAGCCCCCUACCUCUUUCCUGAUGACAAAGAGGCUGCAAUAUUGGCAUGGCAAAUAAUUUACUCUGCAUGGGGUGUUAAAUUGGGUUUAAAAAGUAUAUUGAAAUGCAAAGAAUCAGAUUCAGAUAACUCAGAGGUUCUAAAGUAUAUCAUGUUCAAAGCACUAUUCACAGAUAAAUUGUUAAGUUUUGACUCUAUACUUGAAAUAGAACAAGUCAAGAAAGAAAAUACACUUGAUAUAUGUUUAUUUUUGCUUCUUAAAACAUGUUCUAUAGAAAAACUUGCAGUUGAGGAUAUCAUAGAGAUUCUUAAUUUAUUUUUAUCUGCUGUUAAAACUAAAACUAUAAUCAACUCUAAAGGCAAUGAAUUUAGUUCACAGACAAUUUCUGAGUUCCUGAAAGCUGCAAAAGAUGAUGAAAUAGUUUUCCAGGUUCUAGAAUAUAUCUUUGGAAGAAUUACUGAAUGUGUUAAACCAGGAUAUGUUACUAGGCCUUGGUGUAAUGUUUGUGAAAAGCCAGGCUCUAUCUUCGUCAGAAUGCUAUUUGAAAUUUUCAUCACUGGUUGUGCAAUCCGUGGGUAUAGUGAAAAUUAUGCCAAAUUACUACAAAAGCUUUUAAACCAGUUGUUCACAGAUGUAAAAGAAAAAUUUAACUUCAUAGCUAACAUUGCCUUUGGACAUAUUUUGUAUGCACAUGAUCCUAAAGUUAUAAUUGGACCUGAACUACAGUUAAGAGCACUAAAGUUAUUAAAGAAUUUUGUUGGUGUUAAUAGCAAUAACCAGUGGAUUUUCGAUUCUGAUGUGUUUAUUUUAACUGUUCUAUUUAAUUUAAACCAUCCAAUUGCUGUGAUUCGGGAAGCUACAUUUGAGCUAAUAGAUGAUGUCCUAAAUAUCAAUACAGAUACUAAGAUAAUAUACAUUAAGCUUUUACAGGAACUGAUAGAUCAUCGUGAAGAAAUUUUAUUAGAUCAUGAACAGAUACAGCAAAUAAUAAAAAAAGUGUUGACUAAACAUGAUAUAGGUGGUAAAAUAUUUAAGAAGAAUUGUAUGCUUAGACUUACAGGCAUACUAGUAGAUGCCUCUUCUACACCAGCUUUUAUAAAAUCAGCACUUGUUGAGUUACUUUCCAAAAUCAACAAUUCAACCGUAUUCUACCACAUUUUACUCUCACUAAGACCCCUUUGUGAUACUUUUAAACAAAAUGAAUUAAAUUCUAAAUUUACGUUUGAUAUAUAUACUUCAAAAUUAUUUAUAAAUGUUAUUAACCAGUUAAAUGAAAUUACUGUUUCUGUUAUCAGUAAAGAUGAAAUAUGGCAUAUACUAGAAGUGGCUUUAAAAGAGUACAAAGAAUGUAUUUUAGAAGAGAGUUUAUCAUACACAAGUCCAUGUGUCCAUGUUAUGAAACAAAUCAAUGAAGAUGUUUUCAAAAAAGUACCUGAUGAAAAGUGUAAAGAUUUGAUUUGUUUAAUAACAGCAGCUGGUACUUUCAGUAAUAACCCUACUGUGUCAAGUGUGGCAACGAAAACAAUGAAAAAGAUUCAAAUUAAAUUUGAUGAUUUCAAAUCAAUACUGGAGAAAAUGUUGAAUGUCCGUGAUCCAGCAGAAAAUUUGCUUAAGAAAAAGAAAACCACUGCUUCAAUGUUGACUUACCAAGUGGUAGAAACUGAUGAAUGGCGGUUAGGAGUUACUUUACUUGAAUACAUACAAAAUAAAAAGAAAAUGAGUGUAGACACCAGUUUUGUCUCACUACUAUUUCGAUUGCUUUAUAAGUGCUUGAGGUUCGAAGAGCAGUCACAUGUGGAAUAUGCAAAGCAACUCAUUUUAUCGUCAUUUUGGUAUUACCUAAGUAAAAAUAUGGACAAUAAUGAUGAGAUCAAAGCUAUAAAAAGUGUGUUUGAGGUAGAAUUGAUUGUGCAGUGUAUCAGAGGGACUCAAAAUCCACAAACUCACCACCAUGCAUUACUUGUCCUUUGUCAAUGUGCUUCUAUACUACCUGAACAAGUCCUCAAUCACAUUAUGGAAAUCUUCACAUUCAUGGGCUCUUCUGUAUUGCGCCACGAUGACGCGUACAGCUUCCAAAUUAUUACAAAAAUUAUAGAGAGAAUUAUACCAAUUUUAGUCUACCUGGACAAGAAUGUUGAGGAUUGCACAGAUAAAGAACUUUUACAAUUGCAAAAGCGUGUCGUUCCAGUGUUCCGAAUUUUUGCUGAUGUUGUUUUGCACGUUCCAGAACACCGAAGAAUACCUCUUUACAAAAAACUUAUUGAAACAUUGGGACCUAAUAAAUUUUUGUGGGUAUUCAUUGCACUUCUACUUGAGACUCAUAUAACCCAUUUUAAUGACGAUAAGAACAAGAACAAGCAACCUCAAAAAACAUUGGCAGACAAAGAAUCGCCGAUGAAUCGCUUGGAUUUCGGUCUAAGCAUUACAUUAGAGUUCCCACCUGAAGUUGCAAUGGAAAAUUUCAUCAAGCUCAUUGUAUACAUGAAGUCUUUACCGGUACAAAAGGAUGAUAAUGCCAUGGAGAAACAAGCAGACCCAAGUGAUAUAUUUAGUGUUAACAGCCAUUCUGCGAUUCAACUUCGUCAUUAUAAAUACGUUAUAAUUACAUUUUUAAACACGGCAUUGGCAUCUUCUCUUUUUAUUCACCACAAUAGCCAAGCAAAGGAUAUUUCAACAAUGGAAAAUCACUACAAGAGUUUCAUUAUAAAUAUCCUCACUUAUAUCCAAAGCAUAACUAAAAUAAGCGAUGAUAAAACAGCCAAAUACUGGAGGGUUAUGCUACAUCACAGCUAUGACUUAUUGGAUCACGUUAACAACUUAUUGUCACCACCAAUGUUCGUGUCUGUAGUUAGAGGAUUGCUAAAACAUACAUUACAAACAGUCCGCAGAAAGGCGAUGGAAUUACUAAACCUAAAGAUUCAGUGUAGUCCCGAAAUGUUUGACGAUGUUGACAGAGACUUAUUGUUUUCUUUGUGUCCACCGCUGGUUGAAAUUGUUCAAAGUAUAGAAGAUAAGAGGGACGAUGUUGCUGAAAAUACAGUGCAGGAAUUAGAACUUAACCAACAAACUGCAUUACUUUCCUUGAAACUUCUUACGCGUUUAUUGGGAUCAGAAAAUCCAAAAGCCUUCUUACCAGUUUUGGAGGUAGUCACACAUCAUACAUGUAACCCAAAUAUAUCACCGAAUGUAAUGGCGUCAAUUGUCCUUUGUUUGGCUGAGUUGUGUGGCAUUUUAAAAGUGCAUGCAUUAGUAUGCCUACGUAAAUACAUGCCAGCUCUCAUCAAGGUUUUAAAGAAACAAAGAAAAGCCGACACUCCAGAGCUCGUUCUUCUAAGCACAGUCACGGCUAUUUCGAAAAUAGUCGAAUGUUUGCCACUGUAUCUAAGUCCGUAUUUAGAGAAAAUUAUCUACGAGUAUGCGAUUUUGUUAGCUAAGUGGCAAUCAUACGAUCAAGACUGCAAUAAAGUGUCUGCAUUAGUAACCAAACUGAUAAACAUUAAAAAGAAAAUAGCAAGCUCGAUUCCGCCAAGGAUUUUGAUACCCGUUGCAAACGAAACCCACAAACUGGUAAUUAGUAAGGGGAAGUAUGAGGCAGUCGCUCCGAUCAUGUCUAUAUUAGCAGAUUGCUUCGCUAACAUUACCACAGCCGACUUUACGGCUCUCCAAAAAGACUUAACAUCAUUCUUUUUAUCAGCUUUGCAGUUACGUUGCGAUGCUGACGAUCAUAACGUUGAUCACAAUGUUAUUGAUAAAACUGAGGAUAGUGUUGUUAACGCUCUAGUAUCUCUAGUACUCAAGUUAUCAGAGACAAGCUUUAGGCCAUUCUACUUCAAGAUCUACGACUGGGCGAUAAGGACUAAUGUCGAAGGGAGGAAAGAUAGAACUAUAACUUUUUAUAGGUUGAGUAGUGCCAUUGCUGAAAAACUGAAAGGCCUCUUCGUACUGUUCGCGGGACAUUUUAUUAAAAACGCCGCGGAUUUAUUGGACGCGUGCAACAACAGUAAAACUGAAGAGUUCUACUUUGACUCCGAAGACAAAUGUAUUACACUCGUGAAAUUUAUAAUAAAAACAUUGCACAAUCUGUUUUUGUAUGAUAGCCAGCAGUUUUUGAAUAAGGAUAGAUUCGAGACACUUAUGCAGCCCGUGGUUGAUCAGUUGGAGAAUACGAUAGGUGGGAUUCCAAGUCUUAAGGAGAGGGCUACAGAGUUGAUAAUACCGUGUAUAUCACAGUUCGCUGUAGCUACGGCUGAUGACUCAUUAUGGAAGCUCUUGAAUUACCAAGUACUUUUGAAGACGAGGCACAAUGACGCUGAAAUUAGGUUGACCGCUCUGAACUGCUUAGUGACUAUGGCAACACAGUUAGGGAGCAACUGGCUACCUCUGUUGGCUGAGAGUGUACCGUUCUUGGCUGAACUAUUAGAAGAUGGCGAUCAGAAGAUUGAGACAGCUACGAAGAAUGCAAUAAGAACUCUUGAACAAAUACUCGGGGAACCUCUCGAAAAAUACUUUUAAGGAUAAAUAAAAUCAUACAACUUUA